AUGGCGAGCAGCAACAAGCAGGACGUAGGGUUCGAGGGCGUGGUGCGGGCGGUGGCGGGCGGCCUCAUGGAGCACCACAACGGGGUCAUGGCCAGAUACGAGGCCGUGUUUGCACUCGUCUCGUCCUAUGACAACGUGUACUUUGACUUCUCCGAGUGGAGCUGCUCGGUGCUCAACGAGAGCACCACGUCCUUUGUCUUUGGCAUCCCGGCUGGUGGCCUCGAGAUCAUGUGCUCCGACAUCAAGGGCACGCCGCGCAUUGCCACCGUCACCGCGAAGCACCUUGACGCCCAAUCCGGCCAGGACGUCGUGAGCAUCUACGACUGGUGCGUCGCGCAGGCCCAGGCCGCCGGCUCGUUCAACCCCUCGCAGCGCGGGUUCCGCUUCGAGUUUGGCCGGUACACAGGGUCAUGGCCCAUCCCCGGCUUCCGCACUGUCGGCGCGCUGAUCCUCGAGGGCCUGAUCGCCGGGGCCAUGGAGGCGCAGGCAAAUGGUGGGGCCAGAGCCCCGGCCAGCAGCAACGACGGAGAGUGCUGCGUCAUGUGA